CCUUGCGGGCUUGCCAGCGUUUCUUGUUGACGUGGGAAGGGGCAAACAAAUGUCUUCGGCUUUGCUGUUGAACCGCUGCAGAUGACAGGGACAUGUCAGGUGGAUUUCACAGGGAGCCUCGCGACGUUUGAAACAUGUGGCUCAAACCCGAAGAGAUUCUGCUCAAAAACGCGUUCAAGUUGUGGGUCACCGAGCGGGAUAAUGAGUAUUUCGUACUGCAAAGGAGACGGGGCUACGGAGAAGGUGGCGGCGGUUUGACAGGUCUCCUUGUGGGAACUUUGGACACCGUGUUGGACUCCACUUCCAAAGUGGCUCCGUACCGCAUCCUGCACCACACACCGGACUCACAGGUUUACUGGUCAAUAGCAUGUGGGGUCACGAAGGAGGAGAUCGGCCAGCACUGGGACUGGCUGCAGCAGAACAUCAUGAGGACGCUCUCUGUUUUUGACUCCAGUGAAGACAUCACCAGCUUUGUGCAGGGCAAAAUCAGAGGCCUUAUUGCUGAGGAGGGGAAGUCGUCUCUGGUGCUGGAGGACGAUCCUGAGAAGUUUCGAGAGGCACUGUUGAGGUUUGAGAAGUGGUUUGAGCUGCCUGCAGAGGAGAAGCUGGUCACCUAUUACUCAUGCAGCUACUGGAGAGGCAAAGUGCCCUGCCAAGGCUGGCUGUACCUCAGCACAAACUUCCUCUGCUUCUAUUCAUACCUCCUUGGGUCUGAAGUGAAACUGGUCAUCUCCUGGGAUGAGAUCUGGAAGCUGGAGAAAACCACUAACGUGAUCCUAACGGAGAGCAUCCACGUUUUGGCCCAUGGGGAGGACCACUACUUCUCCAUGCUGCUGCACAUCAACGAGACCUUUGUCAUCAUGGAGCAACUGGCCGACUACUCCAUCAAGCGUCUUUUUGAUAAAGAGGCAUUCGAAGGGGAGGUGGCCCUGUCGGACCCCCUGCAGAUUACCAAGAGAGGCCUGGAAGCUCAUGCAAAGAGUGAGCAGUUCCGGACGUUUUUCAGGCUCCCCAAAGAGGAAAACUUGUUGGAGGUCCACGAGUGCUUUUUGUGGGUGCCCUUCAGCCAUUUUAACACACUGGGCAAGAUCUGCCUUUCCGAGAACUACCUGUGCUUCGCCAGUCAGGACGGGAGCCAGUGCCAUGUCAUCAUUCCAAUGCGAGAGGUUGUGAACGUGGAGAAGCCAGACUCCAGCAGCAGGGCUCUGACGGUGUGUGUCCGGGGCAAAAGAGCGCUGCGUUUCUCUGAGGUGAGGGACUUCCAGCGCCUGGCCAACAGCAUCCGCAGCAGGUGUGGGAUCAGCGCCAGCCCUCAGCACUCCGCCUCAACAGAGGCCAUACGAGGCGAAUGCCAGUCGCUCAUAAAUCAUUUUGAGGACAACCCAGAGGACGUGACGCUCAUGGUGGGACAGAAAGACAACAGCAAGGCUGUCAGCACCGAGGCUCUCAUGACUGUCUUCCAUCCCCAGGACGUCGAAAACCUCGAUCCCAAAAUGCUUAAAGAGAAAAUGAAGGAGCAGUCCUGGAACAUCCAUUUCUCCGAAUAUGGACGAGGGACGAGCAUGUUCUUCACCAGGAAAACCCGAGACCUGAUUGUCCGCGGGGUUCCCGAGGCCCUGAGGGGAGAGCUGUGGAUGCUGUUUUCAGGAGCUGUAAACGACAUGGCCACUCACCCCGGUUAUUACACCGAACUGGUCGAGCAGUCUCUGGGCACCAGCACUCUGGCCACGGAUGAGAUCGAGAGAGACCUGCACCGCUCUCUGCCCGAGCACCCGGCCUUUCAGAGCGACACGGGGAUCUCCGCCCUACGCAGAGUCCUCACCGCCUACGCCUGCAGGAACCCCAAAAUCGGAUACUGCCAGGCCAUGAACAUCCUCACAUCGGUCCUCCUGCUGUAUGCCAAAGAGGAGGAGGCCUUCUGGCUGCUGGUGGCUGUCUGUGAGAGGAUGCUGCCGGAUUACUUCAACCGUCGAAUCAUUGGCGCCCUGGUUGACCAGGCCGUGUUCGAGGACCUGAUCAGGGAGAACCUCCCCCAGCUGGUGGAGCACAUGACGGACCUGAGCUUCUUCUCGUCCGUGUCCCUGUCCUGGUUCCUCACGCUGUUCAUCAGCGUCCUGCCCAUCGAGAGCGCCGUGAACGUGGUGGACUGUUUUUUCUACGACGGCAUCAAGGCCAUCCUGCAGCUCGGCCUGGCCGUGCUGGACUACAACAUGGAGGCUCUCAUCAGCUGCCAUGACGACGCCGAGGCCGUCACCAUCCUCAACAGAUUCUUCGACAGUGUGACGAAUAAAGACAGCCCACUGCCUCCCACCGUGCAGCAAGCCACAGUGGGCAGUAACGACAAAACAUCCCACAUCAGUGUAGAUAUCAGCGAACUGAUCCGAGAGGCCUACGAGAAAUAUGGCCAUCUCCGUUCAGAGGAAGUUGAGAGUUCACGGAAGAGAAACAAACUGUAUGUGAUCCAGACGCUGGAGGAUACAACCAAGCAAAAUGUUAUCCGGGUGGUCACUCAAGACGUCCGGUUUAGUGUCUCACAACUUGAUGAGCUUUAUGAUUUGUUCAAAAGGCAGCAUUUCCUCAGCUGCUACUGGACGAUGAAAAGUCCAGCCCUGCUGCACCACGACCCGAGUCUGGCCUAUCUGGAGCAGUACCAGCUGGGCUUCCAGCAGUUCAGCGUGCUCUUCUCCCUGCUGGAGCCCUGGGCCUUCUGCGCCUCCAAGAGCACCCUCUCACUCUGGGUUUUCCGCCUAAUAGACGAGAAUCAGGAUGGUCUGGUCAACUUUAAAGAAUUCUGCUCUGCCCUGGAUACCUUAUACAGCGGAUCUUUCACAAAUAAGCUGAAACUUCUCUUCAAGCUGCACCUGCCACCAGCUUUCACAGGUAGUCCUUUGCACUUAAAGGAUCAAAGAAUCCAGAAUUUUAUUCCAGUGACCGAAGACUCUUCUCACUUGAGUAGACUCACCGCAUUUGAUUUACCAGAAGAUGGUGUGAUAAGGAAAAGCCCAGAGAGAGGCAAGGGAAAAGUGGACCUGCAAGCCUAUCUGAAACAAUGGCAAAACGAAAUUCUCAAGAAAGAGGAAACAAUCAAGGACCUGCCCAGAAUUAAUCAGAGUCAGUUCAUCCAGUUCUCCAAAACGCUCUACAACAUUUUCCACGGCGAUCCGGAGGAGGAGUUGCUGUACCGGGCCGUUGCCCACGUGACCAGCCUCCUGCUGAGGAUGGAGGAGGUGGGAAGGAGGCUGCAGGAGCCCAGCAGCCCCCCGGAGAGCAAAGGGCCCUCCAGCCCCUCCACUGCAGGGGAGUCUUCGGCCGAGGAGGCCUCCGUCUCCCACGGCAACCCGGACCUGCCGGAGGCCGAUUGGUCCUUCUCCUUCGAGCAGGUUCUGGCGUCUCUGCUCAACGAGCCGGCCGUGGUCGGAUUCUUCGACCGACCCGUCGACCUGCAGGCAAAACUAGGCCAGGCCAGGGGCGCCCAGCUGAAGCUGAAGGCCAAUAAGUGAAGGGAGACGCAAGGGAAUAAAUAGUUUAUUCUGACCCCUGCAGAACGUCACCAUGAAUUUUCUUUAUCCGCUUUGAGCAAGCCGACGGACCCCUGCGAGACAGAGAAAAAGAUCUUUGAUAUAAGUGAAAGGCAUUAAUCACAAACCUGGGGCACAACAAUACGAGCGAGUCACGCGAUUGAUCAGUUACUGUGGCAACACAUCGUCCUAAAGACACUCAGAACCCUCUUCUGAAACAGUCCAACACUUUUACUGUGUUUUUAAUGUUCAGUCAUGUUGUCAGAAAUAGUCAUUCCUCAGAUCGAAUUAUGCAUCAUCAUCCUCUAUGAUGAACUCCAUUCUCACCUGUAAUCAGUUUCUCUAAUCGAGUUAUCAGCAGAAUACGUGUGUAUGGUUUAAUGGGGCACUCUAAUUACUCUCUGUUUAUAGAAAUGUAACGGAAGUCUUUUAAAAAGUCCAUAAUAGAUAACGUAGACAACAUGACCGAGAGCCCGGAAGAGGAUUUUCCAUCUGAAUGUCUCGAUGUAUAUUGUCACUCAGAUUAGUAGCUAAUGCUUUAAAGUGUCUGUGUAUGCUAGUUCAAUACGUCCUGUGACUUGAGUGUCUUAUGGUGUGAGGUCCUCUUGGAAAAAAAAAGCAUCCACCUAUUGUAAGAAACACCAGCUUUGUUAACACUAAGACAUAACGGCAGUGCAUUUGGAUAAAGAUGAGCUGAGGUUUUGUCCCCAGAAGCCAUAAAACUGAUGAGCUGAUCCGACUGAAGAUGUCAGAAAUGUUUUACCGAGAGCGAAACGGAGGAUACGCAUUCGCAAUAACGCACAAGAGAGAGAGGCUGCUGCGUUGCCACGGCGCCCACCUGUCUUUUUACCACAUCACGGCCUGUUUCUGUUGUGUGUGUGUGAGACCUGGUAUCUCCACACUGUGGCAUCCUGUGUUUGAAUCCUCGUACAGCCGGAUGAUUUAUCGUUUGCAAUUGUCAAUCUUUCUGCUAUGCGCUGUAGGAUGUAAAGCUUUAGUGCGUGCAGCAUUUUGUAUAGAAAGAUCGAUUGAUUAGGCAUUUUGAUUAUUAUUAUAUGUGUCAGAAUAUGUGACACGAGGACUGUUGAUUUGAAAGUUUCGAAGUACGUUUAGUGUCAAUAAAUCUCAGGGGGAUGUUUGCAAAAUGAGAGGAAGGUUUUAAACCUGGGAUAUAGAUAGAUAGAUUAUAUAUGAUAUUAUGUAAUUACAUAUAUACAGUAUAUAUAUAUAUAUAUAAAUUGAGCACGUGUAGCAUAUUUACAACUUUCUUUCUGCCUUUAGCAAACUGCUAUGUAUCGAUGCCAGAGAAAGACAUUUCACAGUGUUUUAGUUUUUUCUUUUCUGCUUCUUGUGUUUCGUCUUGCCUCUUUCUCAGUGAGAAAUUUGCACAAUUGUUUGAGAUUCACAAGCUGAAGACGUGCCUGAAUCUCUGCCAGAUCUGAAAGGCGUGGGACUCCUAAAAGGUUGUGACCACUUCAGCUGCAGCUCUCAUCUCCAGGGGUGAAAAAAAAGGGAAUUUAUAACGCUUUAGGGUCUCUACUUCUGCCGGAGAGUCGUUUUAGGUGCUUCUUAAGUGCAGCUUCAAUCCUCUGUUUAUUGUUUUUUAUUCUUUUAUAUUUUCGCCAUUCUUUUUCACUUGGGACCGACCAGAAGAAUAUUUCAUUGUGUGAUCAUUGUAGGAUUUUGAAAUAUAGUGCUAAGUAAGUUGUUAAAAAAAAAAAGAAAAGGCACAUGAGGAGGUUCUGAUCCUUUUUACGACUCAAACUAACAUUUAAAAAACUAUUAAAUCGGAGAAUUGUUUGUUUUCCAAAAGAUUUUCUGCAGUUUCCACUGUAUUUGUAACAUUUCCAAAAAAAAAGAUUAUUCGAAAAAUGCAAAUGUCAGCCUCUUAGCAGAGAGGAUCUGCGUGGGUUAUGAGUUAUUGCAUGCUUUGUCAGUCUCUGAUUUUGAGAGUAUGUUUAAGCUUUAGAAGCCUGCUUUCCAGGAUUAAUGUUUUGCUCUUUUUGAGGUUGGGAUCAGACAAUUAUUGAUGCUAAAUGUUUCAUAUUUGACCCUCGUUUUUACAGUCCCAUAAAGAAGGAGGUGAGAAAAUAUCUUAAAGCUCACAAAUGCUGAAAAUGUACGUUUUGAUAGAACACUUGUUUUACAAGAUGUUUUGCAAGUUGUUUCUGUUUGCUUGCUACAUUUAUAAUUUGUUUUCUUUCUAUAUGAAUGCACCAGAAUAAAGCGUAAUUAUUCAAUGAGUGGC